AGACAAAGGUCUUAGGCUAAGCCCGAUCAAAACCCUCUUCAUCUCUCCUCUGGCCCGCUGUCUCCAAUUUAUGUACGUGUAUAUACUGGUAGAUAGUCUGUGGUGUUUUGGUUUCAUUGUUGAAUUGGAUUUUUGUUGCAGAUUGGUUGAUUGAGAUUGAAAAUCUUCGAAGAUGUUUGGGAGGGCACCCAAGAAAAGUGAUAACACAAAGUACUAUGAAAUUCUCGGCGUUUCAAAGAACGCUUCGCAGGACGAUCUGAAGAAGGCCUAUAGAAAAGCGGCCAUCAAAAACCAUCCUGACAAAGGUGGUGAUCCCGAAAAGUUCAAGGAGCUUGCCCAAGCUUAUGAGGUUCUUAGUGACACAGAGAAGCGUGAGAUUUAUGAUCAGUAUGGUGAGGAUGCUCUCAAGGAAGGAAUGGGCGGCGGAGGUGGUGGGCAUGACCCAUUUGAUAUCUUCCAAUCCUUCUUUGGCGGUAACCCGUUUGGUGGUGGUGGAAGCAGUAGAGGCCGAAGGCAAAGAAGGGGAGAGGAUGUUAUUCAUCCUCUCAAGGUUUCUCUGGAGGAUCUCUACAAUGGGACAUCAAAGAAGCUGUCCCUCUCACGCAAUGUAAUCUGUUCAAAGUGCAAGGGCAAAGGAUCCAAGUCAGGUGCUUCAAUGAAAUGUCCUGGCUGUCAAGGGUCUGGGAUGAAAGUUUCUAUUAGACACCUCGGUCCAUCUAUGAUCCAGCAAAUGCAGCAUCCUUGUAAUGAAUGUAAAGGUACCGGUGAAACUAUUAAUGACAAGGAUCGCUGUCCGAAGUGCAAGGGUGAGAAGGUUGUGCAGGAGAAAAAGGUGUUGGAAGUCAUUGUGGAGAAGGGUAUGCAAAAUGGACAGAAGGUUACAUUCCCUGGGGAGGCUGAUGAAGCACCCGACACUGUCACAGGGGACAUAGUGUUUGUGCUACAACAGAAAGAGCACCCCAAAUUUAAGCGAAAGGGUGAUGAUUUAUUUGUUGAACACACAUUGACCCUUACCGAGGCCCUUUGUGGCUUCCAAUUUAUCCUGUCCCAUCUGGAUAACAGACAGCUCCUUAUUAAAUCCCAUCCUGGAGAAGUUGUCAAGCCUGAUCAAUUUAAGGCAAUAAACGAUGAAGGAAUGCCAAUCUACCAGAGGCCAUUCAUGAGAGGGAAAUUGUAUAUUCACUUUACUGUGGAUUUCCCAGACUCCUUGAACCCGGACCAGUGCAGCGCUCUUGAAGCUGUGCUGCCUCCAAGGCCAUCUACCCAGAUAACGGAUAUGGAGUUGGAUGAGUGUGAAGAGACUACUCUGCAUGAUGUUAACAUUGAAGAGGAGAUGCGUCGGAAGCAGCAACAGGCCCAAGAGGCAUAUGAUGAGGAUGAAGAUAUGCAUGGUGGUGCCCAGAGGGUGCAGUGUGCUCAGCAAUGAUAGUAUUGUCAAAACUGGUGACAAUGACUUGUGGGAAAGAGGACUCUGAUGAGGUCAGAAGUGAAUAUCUACCGGGUGACUUUGGUUUGUCAAGACAAUAACAUCCCCCACAAUGUUUGUCUUUUACUAUAGGAUCUAGAUUAUUAGUUGUGGAUGCAGGGUGUGCCUCUGAUCAUUUGAAGAGGACCUGAAAGAACCAUUGCAAUUCCCUCGUACUCAUUUUCUUGUGUGUUUUUACAUUGGUUUUAUUUGGCUUCAUUUCUUUU